GCCGAUCAUGGCGUCCUAUAUCAACUCAGUGUCAUACAUCAAUCCGCUUUUAUCACCCAUACCUUUUUCAUAUCGUUAAGACCAUUGAUCCUGGUGGUUCUCAAAAUGUCUACGCAGAAACACACGCAAGUUCUGAUAGCAGGUGGCAGCGUUGCUGGACUCACUCUUGCCAACACGCUCGAGCAACUCGGAAUUGACUUCCUGGUUUUGGAGAAGUAUGAGAAGGUCGCCCCUGAUCUGGGCGCAAGUAUCGGCAUAUUUCCAAACGGUCUCCGUAUCCUAGAUCAGAUUGGCUGCUACGAUGCUAUCAAGGCCGUCAGUGCAGACGCAGAUCCUUUCCGGGAAUUGUCUAUGAUGAAUGACAGUGGCCACAUCAUCUUGAAAGCAAAAGACGCUUCUGGGAAGAUGGGAAGUCGUCUCGGGUACAAACCCAUUUUCUUAGACCGCCAGAUGCUUAUUCAGAUUCUAUAUGACAACCUGCGCGACAAGUCAAAGGUCCUCACAAAUAAAGGCGUCGCAAAGGUCGAGCAACUCCCCGGCAAAGUUCAAGUCACCACUUCACAUGGAGAGACUAUCACUGGAGAGGUGCUCGUUGGCGCCGAUGGUAUUCACAGCGUCGUACGCCGCGAGAUGUGGAGGCUUGCGGACCAAGAAACCCCCGGGUAUUUUUCUGUGAGCGAGCGAUCCAAGGCUCCAACUGAGUACUGCUGUAUCUUUGGCAUAUCACCGCCAACAAACAAGGUCAAGGCGUUUUCCUCGUUCAAUGUAGUGGGGCAGAAUAGCUCCUACCUCAUUUCUACUGGCCCUAAUCAUCGCAUCUACUGGUUCCUGUUCAAGAAACUGCCGACCACAGCCCAUGGAUUGUACGAUGAUAUUCCGCGCUUUACAGACGAAGAGAGAGAUACAUUAGCUGCCGAGCAUGCUGCAGAUCCUUUGGCCGCCGACCUUACCUUUGGCGAACUUUACGCAACACGCACAACAGCAACUUUGCAAGCUCUUCCGGAGGUCGUGUUCAAGAAAUGGCAUUACAACCGCAUCAUGACCAUCGGAGACGCUGCUCACAAGUUCAACCCCAUCGGGGGCCAAGGCGGCAACAGCGCUAUCGAAGACGCCGUAGUCCUCGCAGACCAGCUGCACACGCUGCUGCAAAGCAAAGACAAGUCUACCCCCUUGACCGACGCAAACAUCGUGCACGCUUUCCAGGAAACUCAGCGCAUCCGCCACGAGCGCGCCUCCAAGAUGCUCAAGGCUUCGCACGACUUGCAGAGCCUUCAGGCCAUGGACACCCUUGUGUCCAAGUUCAUCGCAAAAUACAUCAUGCCCAUGUCCGGCUCGGACAAGAUGGUCGAUAUGAUCUGCGAAAGCUCGCUCGGAGCGGCCCGUUGCAAGUCGCUGCCCAUGCCCGACCGGCCACACAGCGCGCUCUGGGAUGACGAGAAGGAACCAAAAUUGGUGAACUGGACACGGGUCGGGAUGGUGGCGUCAGUGGUAUUUGGGGCUUUGGCGGUGAUGACGGCGAGCAACUCGCAGAGUACCAUGGCUUCGAUGUCGAAAGUCUUGCUGAGUGUCCAGAGGGGGUAGCUUUGUAAGGACAGGUUCCGGAGUGGGAGUUUGGUUAGUUAGCAAGUCGAUUUUUAUACCUUUAUAGACAAGAUUCGUUCUUAUUGAGAACUUUGUGUACAACUUUUACCAGCUU